AACUUUAACGGGAUGAUACCCUAUGAUUCGAUACUUCGAAGUCCAUCAGGAUGUUGGAAUGUGAAGGUUAGAGAAGAAAAAGAUGGUGGUUUGUCUUUCUGGAAAGGGUGGCCUGAUUUUGCUGAAGCACAUUGUUUACAGGCGGGGGAUUUUGUUACUAUGAAGUAUAUUGGCAAUUCACAGUUUGUUGUUACGUUGUAUGGUAAUAAUGGAUGCGAAAAGGUAUCGUCUCCUACGGGCAGCAAUGGCGUAAAAUCGAUUCCCUCAAGGAAGAGGAAAGAAUGUGGAGAAACAAGUAAGAGGCAAUUCACUAAUUCUGGUUCCGGGUUUGAUCAGCAUAAGUAUCAUGCAGGCGAUACUGGAGGAGAUUCGCUUAGUUCUGGCAAAAAGAAAUGUGAGUUGUUUAAAUGCGAUGCACGAAAGAGAAAAGCAACUGUCAUUGAGGGAAGGACAGGGGCUAAUCAAACAGAGUGUUCGCUCGCGUAAAGGGAAACCGUGUUUUAUUUUUUUUUGGACAGAGAAUAAGAAAUAUCAAAUGGUGAGAUUUCUUGUAUCAUUUUUCUGAUGCUGCAACUAACUGAAUGACAAUGUUGUUCAUCAUGGUGUUAAUGUAAUUUCUUAUAGUUAGUAAUCUAUGAAUUCUACUGCAAUCGAGUUUUAUUGUA